AUGGGGGACAUGACACCAGCAGAGGAGACUGAGCUCAGGGCUGCUGGCUGCCACUUGUUUGAAUCCAGUAUGAGGAGUGAAGCUAGAAGACUAGGGACUUUCUGGCAAUGGCCAAGUACUUCACCUGUGUCUGCCCGGGAUUUGGUCAAGGCUGGAUUUUUCUUUGUGGGUCCAAGAGAUGAAGUACAGUGUUUCUGCUGUGGUGGUGUCCUGAAGGACUGGGCACCUGGUGAUUGUCCAGUAGCAGAGCAUCUGAAGUUCUUUCCUUCCUGUAAAUUCAUUUGUGGUGAGGAUGUUGGGAACCAAGAGAUGCUUCCUGUUCAGGAAAACUCUGACACUGUGGAUGGGCAGUUCCUCAGUCUUUUGCCAGGGAUUGACAGUGAGGAGACAGCCCUGCCUGAUGAGCCAGAAUACCCAGACAUGGUAACGGAGGAGAUGAGACUGACUACAUUUCAGAACUGGCCACAGGACUCUGACAUGCGUCCUGAGCAGCUGGCCAGAGCAGGAUUCUUUUACACUGGACAAGAUGAUCUAGUGAGGUGUUUUUACUGUGAUGGACCUCUGUGUGACUGGUCACUUGGAGAGGAUCCUUGGAGGGAACAUGCCAAAUGGUACCCAGGGUGUGAAUUUAUACGGCAGUCAAGGGGGAGAGAAUUUGUUAGCAGUGUCCAGGAUUCCUCUUCUAGGACUACGUUAUCUCCAAGAGAUUCCGGGGAUCAGACUGAACAAGACAACUCUGUUUUCCUAGAUGCUGAUCAGAGAGAGACUGAACCAUCAAGUUCAAGAGAAGAAAUGCAUUCCAUGGAACAAAAGGAAUCAGAUGAGUCUCGGAUGAGCACAGAAGAACAGCUCCGACGCCUCCAAGAGGAACGGAUGUGCAAAGUGUGCAUGGGCAGAGAUGUGUCUGUUGUGUUUGUGCCUUGUGGCCACCUGGUUGCUUGUGGAGAAUGUGCCCUCAAUUUGAGAUCUUGUCCUAUCUGCAGAGCAGUCAUCCAGGAAAGUGUGAGGACUUUCAUGUCCUGA